GCCAAUCACGGAACACAGAGAGCGCCAUUAAUGGCUGACCACAAUAAUAGCUGUAACGUGUUCGAGUUGGAGUUCGUUUUCUUGUUUACAUUUCUAUCGGAAAUUGUGGAUUUAUUGCCUCUGUGUUUCGGUCUUCGAAGGGCAGGUACAUUUGAAAAUGGGGAAGGCAGAAUUUUUAAGCCCUAAAGCGAUCGGCAAUAGGAUAAAAGCCAAAGGUCUUCAAAAACUACGAUGGUACUGCCAGAUGUGUCAAAAACAAUGCCGAGAUGAGAAUGGCUUCAAGUGUCACUGUAUGUCCGAGUCUCACCAGAGACAGCUCUUAUUGGCCUCUGAGGACCCAAAUCAGUUCAUGGACUACUUCUCUCAGGAGUUCAAGAGUGACUUUUUGGAGCUCCUCAGAAGACGCUUUGGGACCAAGCGGGUGCACAACAACAUCGUCUACAACGAGUACAUCAGUGACAGAGAGCACAUCCACAUGAACUCAACCCAGUGGGAGACACUCACAGACUUCACAAAAUGGCUCGGAAAAGAAGCAUCUGAAGCACCAGUGUUCACAGAACUGAAGCGUGAAAAUGAAGAAGAAAAAGUUGCUUUCAAUCUGAGCAAGGGGGUCGGCGCCGCAACUGCAUCGUCCUCAAAAGCAAGUUCUGCCCUGGGCCCUAGUGCCCUCCAGGCUAUGGGCUCGGUGAAGAGGAAAGCUGCAGGUCAAAAUUCGGAGUCCAAGGAGAAGGAGAAGAAGAAGUCUGCCCUGGAUGAAAUCAUGCAGAUGGAGGAGCAGAAGAAGAAGUCAGUGAGGGCAGACCACUGGCUGUACCCUGACAUUGUGGUUAAGGUGGUCACAAAGAAACUGGGGGAAAAGUACCAUAAGAAGAAAGGUGUAAUCAAAGAAGUCCAGGAUAAGUACUCGGCCAUAGUGAAGAUGAGCGACACAGGUGACAAACUGAAGCUGGACCAGAGCCAUCUCGAGACCGUUAUCCCAGCGCUAGGGAAACGGGUUCUAAUACUGAAUGGGGUCUACAGGGAAACGGAGGCCAUACUGGACAGUAUCGAUGAGAGGCGGUUUUCAGCCAAUCUGAUUCUAGACUCGGGGCGUCAGAAAGGGAGGAAGGUUGAAGGAAUCGCCUACGAGGACUUCUCCAAAAUGGCCUGAGGGGCACUUCAAUGACAAACACGGACAACUCUACUGUGUCAGAGUUUUUUGUUCAUUUCUUUUAUUGAUUAUUCUUUUAAAAUUCAUUUUUGGUGAGUGCUCAUGUCUGCAGCUUAAAAAAAGUGAGCUAUGACUGCAGUUAUGGAAUACACUUCACAAUAAUGAUUGUCUUGGCUUGUCUUUUACCGUUUAUUGUGCAUUGUAAUUGAAAUACACGCUAACAAAUAAAAUUUAUAUCCAGAAUAAUCAGCAACGGUUUGCUAUAAUUAUUGGGGAAAGAUAGGGAAAGGUUAGGUCUGAGGAAUUAGAGGAAGAUGCAAUUUCUAUUGUACAGUUAAAGUAAAUACAGAUCUGUCAGCUGGAGUUUCUUCUUUUGUUGUCAGGGAGGGGGUGUUCUGCAAGCGUGUGUAUCCAUUUUUUGUAGAUAUCAAUAUUUUGUUGGGCCGAAUUGCAACCUCUGUAAGCUACACAUGUUUCAGACCUAACUUCAGUGGUCCAAGUUCAUAGAAACUCCAGCUGUGACUGACAGCAUUAGUUUGUAUAUUGAGGAUAUUGAGGUAACCAAUGAAGGAUCGCCUACAGAGUCCACGUGAAAAGUAUUUGCGUGGUGUCAUUUACACAGUCCAUUUGUAUGCAUGUCACCCCUUCCUGUCCCUCAGAACAUUAGAUCCCAGUGCCCAAACACCUCUUACUUAAUUCUGGCUCAGUUUCAGGCAUUAUUCACACUGAACUUUCUUCACUGUUGCUGGUAGAAACUGUCCAGUUGAGGAACGAUGUAGUUCUUGUAAUGUCCCUCGAUGAAGCCCUUUCCACUGUUGUGAAUAAACCAGCAGAAAACAUCCGA